CGUUUUAGUCCUCCUUUCGUGUAUCCAAACACACUUGUUCUUCAAAGCAGCAUCUUCUUCUUUCUUAUUACUGUUGAUCAAAUCCUCAGCCAAGCAAUCAGAAUUAGAAAGUGAAUAAGAGAAAAAGAAGGAAAUAAUUGAUAAAGAUCGAUGGCUAUUGGGAUUUUGGAAGUUGAGUUGGUGAAAGCUAAGGGCCUAAAAGGCACUGAUUUUUUAGGUAAAAUUGAUCCUUAUGUUAUAGUAAAAUACAAAGGCCAAGAACGUGAAAGCAGUGUAGCCAGCGGUGCAGGUGGGAGUCCAGUAUGGAAUGAGAAACUGAGAUUCAAAGUGGAAUAUCCAGGUGUAGGUGACGACUACAAGCUCAUUUUAAAAAUCAUGGACAAGGAUACUUUCUCCAGAGAUGAUUAUCUUGGGAAAGCCACGGUUUAUGUGAAGGAUUUAUUGGAAUUAGGAGUGGAGAAUGGAACUGCUGAAUUUGUUCCUCAAAAGUAUAACGUCGUUCAAACUAACCUAUCUUAUUCUGGAGAGAUUCAAAUUGGUUUAACUUUCACUGUCAAGGCGGAAGACGACAAUGGUGAAGAAGAAUAUGGCGGAUGGAAGCAAAGCUAUUUCUAGUUCACUUGCAAGUUUGUAAAAAGAUGAAGUUCUUAAGAUUGCUAUUUGCUAUGAAACUUGUAUUCUUGCCAAUUAGAAAUUGUUAGAAGUUAUUUUUUUUUCUUACUGUGAAUAUCAUUUAGGCUCUCUCUAAUUCUGUACCAUUUGACAGUGUAUUGUUCAUUUGUUUAUGAAAAAUUUCCAAAUUCUGCUUUA